CAAAGUGUUAUGAUGUCAUAAGCGACAGAUGCCUUGAAUAUCCUGCAUCUGAAUCAAACUUGCAGAUCUCAAGCAGGACAGACGUUGGUUUCACCUUAUUGGAUUCAUCGUUGCUUUUUUUUGUGGAUUUUUUUGAUAGAUCAGUAGGAUAGUCAAAAUGUCGGGAUUUGAAAUUGAUUCUUUAACUAAGUACCAGAUUAGACGAAUGAGCAGAGACGAAUUAGUCGUCUUACUCAUGGAUUGGUUGGAGAGAUUGAAAGGCAGAUCUGCAUCCCUGAUUAAGGAGCACAAAUUGCAGGAGGAGUUGACAAAAGCUCAAGAACAGAUUGGGCUUCAAAAUGAAAAAAUUAUUUCUCUUACAAAAGAGUUAAACGUCUCCCUGAAGAAGAGCAAAGACUUGGAAUACCAGACGAUCCCUAAAUUAAAACAGGAAAUUGAGAGUUGGACGUCCCACAAGAAUAAAUUAUCAUCUGAGGUACAAAGUUACCAACAUAAAGUGAAAGAUCUGCAAACCUCCAUCAAAAACCUGGAAAGAAAAACAAAACAGCAAGAAGAAAAGUUGGAAGAACAGAGACAAAUGUGUCAAGUUCCAGAAUCGAUAGUGAAGCGAGAACAACAUGCAAGUGAAGUGGAGAGACUAAAGGCCGAGUUGUCCAGAAAGGUCAAUGAUAUUGGAAUGAAGAACAUUGAAAUAAAGAAGGAAAGAGAGAAAUCCAGAUUACUGGAGGCCAAAGUCAAAGCUCUGGAAAGGAAUUUGACUGAGGCACAAAAGGAAAAUAAAGACCUCAUUAAGAAACUGGCAAAAACUCCGAUGGAGGAAGCGAUUGAAAAAACCAGGAUCGCAUUUGAAGCCAGAAUUGAUUUCGACACCUUGGCCAAAGAAAAGCAGAGAAGCAGAGCAUUACAGGAAUGUCUGACAAGGAAAGACCGGGAACUGCAUAAACUACAGGAGGAGCAGACUAAGAAACGCUCCACGUUCUCAGAUCUGACAAAAGAGGCUCAGGACAUAAUAAAAAUCUUUGAACAAAGAGCACACACUACUGCAAGUUGUCAGAGAGAGACACUGACCAGAACCAUGCAGGAGACAGAACCCAAGGAUCUGGGGGAACCGUCCCACAAUAAAAUGACAGAGAUGGACCAGCGUGGGCUGGUUCCACAUUCUUGGACGCUCCCCUGAAGAUCUCCUUCUGCGUCUGGCGCUGAUGAGGUCAUCGCUGCGUGGGCGGGCUGAACCAUAUGCUGCCUCAAAACUGUGUGAAACUCCUAAUCUCCAGCAAGGCCUUGAGCGAUCCGCCUGUCCGUGGCUGAUGAGGGAAUAACAUCACAACAUGAUGUGCAGCUCGAAACAAAACAUACAAAAAGAUGAUUUUACACAAUGCUGCCCCUUUGACUAGAAAUUCACCAGAUGUACAUAAUUUAUUGUGCUUUUGACUUGGAAAAAAAAAAGUUUUCUUUUGUCUGAUUAUUUUCAUUUUCUAACCAUUUUAUUUGCAUGAAUUAUUUAGAUGUCUUUUCCACAUAACUUUAUACUUUGACUGAUGUUGUAAUUUUUAAACAUU